GUCAAUCUUCCGGUAAGGCAGACCCAGUUUGUGUCACUAUCAGGAAAUAGACGUGUUUUCAAUUCACACAUUGUUAAUGAAGAUUAUUCGUUAGUCAAAUGAAACCAGUAACUAAAAUGGGUGCUGUAGUUCUGGUGCUAUUUACAAUCGGUGUUUUUAUCAGUCCAGUUAAAUCUCUGGACAAUGGUCUCGCGCUCAAGCCUACAAUGGGUUGGCUGCAUUGGGAGAGAUUCAUGUGCAAUGUCGACUGUGACACGGACCCCAAUAAUUGCAUCAGUGAGAAUCUCUACAUGCAGAUGGCAGAUGUGAUGGUAACGGAAGGCUGGAAGGAGGCUGGCUACGAGUAUGUCUGCAUCGAUGACUGUUGGCCCAGCCACCAACGUGACGCCAAGGGACGCCUUCAGGCAGACCCGAAGCGGUUCCCCAGAGGCAUCAAGAAACUGGCCGACUAUGUUCAUUCCAAGGGUCUCAAGUUGGGGAUCUAUGCUGAUUUGGGAACCUUUACAUGUGGAGGCUUUCCAGGGAGCAUGGGAUACUACGACAUUGACGCUCAGACCUUUGCUGAUUGGGGUGUGGAUCUGCUCAAAUUUGAUGGGUGCUACAUGAAGUGGACUUUACUGGGAGAAGGUUACACAAACAUGUCAAUAGCACUAAACCAAACUGGGAGAAGUAUCCUGUACUCCUGUGAGUGGCCACUGUAUGAGUGGCCACACCAUCAGCCAGACUAUGCUGCCAUACGGAAGGCCUGUAACCACUGGCGCAACUUUGCGGAUGUAUAUGACUCCUGGGACAGUGUGAAGACCAUCUUGGACUGGACUGCAGACCAUCAGGAUGUCAUUGUCCCAGCGGCUGGGCCUGGGGGCUGGAAUGACCCUGACAUGCUGGUGAUUGGAAACUUUGGCCUGAGUCACGCCCAACAGGAGUCUCAGAUGGCAUUGUGGGCCAUCAUGGCCUCCCCUCUGCUGAUGUCCAAUGACCUGAGAGACAUCUGCCCCCGGUCCAAGCAGCUGCUGCAGAACACAAGGAUCAUCGCCAUCAGUCAGGACCCACUGGGCAGGCAGGGCUAUCGCACCGCCAAGGUGGACAGUUUCGAGGUGUGGGAAAGACACCUGUCUGGUGGCCGGUUGGCUCUGGCAGUGAUGAACAAGCAGGAGAUCGGUGGACCCCGAGGCUUCCCCCUCACCCUGGCCACGCUGCCUAGCUGGAAGAUCUGCCACCCCCAGUGUAAUGUCACCCAGGUCCUGCCCAGCUACAAGGAGCUGGGGGUCCAGACCCUCCUCAGUAAACUUGUGGUGGUGGUCAACCCUUCUGGCACAGCACUGCUGACUGUCACCCCCAUUUAAGUGUGACUUCAACACCCAAUGGCAAUUAUGGAAGGACAUGCCCACUGUGAACAGUUCUUUAGUAUGGUGUAGCUAGCAGACAAGCAUAUGGGCCCUGGCCCUCACCCAGCACUGAUUGAAAUGCACAGGAUUUAUGAGCACUUUAAUUCACAGCAAGUUACGUUUCUUAUUAUGAUUAUUCUAGAUAGUGUGCUUAUUUGCCAAAGAGCCAUGUAUAUGCUCACCUUUGAAUAUGUUAUUUAGUUGGUGUGCUUCCCUUGAAUUCUUAGAGAUUUUUCAUUAUUUUAAGUGUGGAAUGUGUUAGUAAUUGUCCAUGUUUUGUAUGCUAAUUGAUCUGGUCACAAAGAGAUUUGCUGGAUGGCAGACACCUGAAUGUUCAGAUAUCAAAAAUCAGUAGUACUGUAACAAUUUUUCCUGAUUUGAAAUAACUGUUACUUUGUGAGAAUGUUUGGAAAUGUUCACAUUUAAUUAAAGUGGCAAUCUGGAAUUCAAACAAAA